AUGUGCCACACUGGAGUGGAAGCAACUUCUUUUCUUGGAAACGACUAUUUAACUGUAAAAUCGAAAAUAUCAACUCUACUACGAGUGGAUGGAAUCUGGAGGCCAUCAAGCUUCCACCACGUGCCAGAAUUUAACUAUGGAGUUAUUGUGCAUGGACUAUUUCCCUCCUUGUUCAUCUCCUACGGAAUAUGCAGUUUUUCCAUGCAAAGAAAACUGUUUGCAUCGUAUUCCUCUCCACUCAUCUGCCCAACGGAUGGUCCAGACUACAAUGCUACGGACCCUGGUACGGGCAAGUACCCGUUCUCCAACAAUGCCCUCGAAAAAGCCAAUGUCUCACGCGAGACCUUUUCUGCGGAGAGAAUCCGAAACAUCCCGAGUGUAUCUCGUGCGUUUGCCUCAACGGAAAGACGGGCGAAAACUGCGACUUCUGUGCCACGAAUUCCGACUGCAAGCAUUCUCUCAGUCUCAAUCAAGUGCAUCCACCCGGCCUCCUCAAGCCCUAGACAUGCCGCACAGACCCUUCCGAAGUGCUCGUUUCUCUGCCCCAAUCUGCGUUCAAUUUCUCCGUCUCGGCGCGCCAGCUCGCCUGCCACGGCGCCAAAGGCUUACUGCAGACGACUCCACGUGGCCGCCGCCUACGACCCGCAGUCCCCCGUGAUUCUGGAGUGUUUCUCGGACGACUGCAUCAUUCUGUCGCCGGUCGAGUGCUCGCUCUACUUCCCAACGCUGAACUCCUGCAUCCAAUGCCCCACGGUGUCGUGUUUGGUUCCGCAGCUCGCCAAGCCCAGUCCGUUCGGACAUCUCUUCGACUUCUUGGAAACGCCGCUCGUGAUCGGGUGCGACGGAUCGCAUUGCAUUUGGCAGCAGCAAGACGUGUUCUCGCAAGAAUUGGAGUGCGUCGCGGGGUCCGUGGACGACGUACAUUAUCUUCGCAGCGAUCGUGAUUAUUAUCAUAUUCGUUAUCUGUACGAGCGAAACAAGCUUUGGACUGUAGUUAUCGUCGUGGCAACGCCGAAUAAAGCGGUCAGCACGACUCCCGUGAUGCGUGAAGUCCAAAAAACGAUGAGCUAUGCUCGAAUGAGCACGCAUCUGCUCACUCCUCUCAUGGAGAUCGACGAAGACCCGCACACUUCCUUCCUGAACUCCUAUUCCGCCCCGCAGCCCAACGCAAGGAAUGAAUCGCUUUUUGAUCAUAGGAAUACGUUUGUCAUCGUCAACAGCCGAAUCGGCGCUGUGAACAACACGAAAGGCCUCUACGCCGUCGUGGGGCCGAUGGGAACGCGCUCGCGCCACUUGCUGAUGGCUCUGUGCGGAUUGUGCGACCCCGGGAACAAAGUGUCCGGGACGUUUUACAUGAACGGAACGCUGCUUUCGCUCGACGAGUUGCUUCGAAAAACGUCGUAUGUGAGCGGAGCGGACGACAUGUGUCCGGAGCUUACCGUGCGCGAAGUGAUCGAGAACGCGUUCAAACUCUCCCAGCCGCCUUGGGUUUCGUCGUUAGAAACGUCGGGGAAGGUGGAUUCGCUGCUGGCAGACGUUCGAUUGGUGAAGUAUCAGCACACACAGCUGAAGUUUCUGCGAAAAGAUCAGAUCAUGAUUCUUCGGAUCAGCAUUGAAGUGUUGACGAAGAGCUCUGUGAUCAUUCUGGACGAUCCCUUUAAUUCAUUCACGCCGUCCAUGACGAUGAAUGUGCUUUCCUAUCUGAAAAAAGCGCAGAAGUCGGGAGUGAUUCUCCUGCUCGCCUUCCGUCAGCCUCGCUCCAUGGUUUUGAAGUUCAUUCAGAACGUGAUUCUCAUUGGAUCCCAAGCGAAUAUCAUUUAUAACGGGCCAAUCAGCCGCGUCGAUUCGUAUUUUAGCCAGUUUGGAUUGACAACUCGCCAUGGAAACAGCGAUAGCGAUUAUCUCCUCGAUAUUGUGAUCUUUCCAAUGGAUCGUGAUUCAUUAGGUGAGUCGAGCCGACGAUAUUCAAAUGGAGAAAAUGAUCUCUGCGUUCCGAAAUAG